GUAGGUUUAAAGAUGAAGACACUUCAGAGAAAUCUGAGUGUGUUCCAGCAAACUAAAAUUCUCUUGUGGAAAAAUCUGCUGAUCAAGUGGAGGAUGAAGAUGCAGAGCUUUCAGGAGUGGAUUGUGUCUCUGCUCUUCCUGCCAAUGAUCUUCAUAGUGUGCACCUUCAUCAUGAACACUCGCUACCCUGAAGUGCCCUACAGCCACCUUGGGCAGCUGGAUGACCCUGCUUAUGAUGCCACAGGGAACACCAUUGCUUUCACCCCCAUCACUGUGACCACAAGGGAGAUCAUGAAUAAAGUGGCCCUGAACUCGGUAUUGAAAGGUAUAAAACUGGAGGCGAUAGAAAAUGAGAGAGCCCUGGAAGAAGCUUGGAUUUUGAAUGAAGAAAUGAUAGGGGUUGUAUUUAAGGACAACUUCUCCUAUCACCUCAGAUUUCCUACUGGGAAUGUGGUUAUUCCAAAUGACAACUUUGACUUCAUAGAUACCUGCUACAAUUUCUCAUCGUUCUACUGCAAGAGCCCAAAGUAUUGGUACAAAGGUUUCCUUUCCCUGCAGUCCAGCAUUGAUGCUGCUAUCAUAGAGGUGGUGGCAAAUCAUUCUGUUUGGGAAGAAAUGAGAUCCAUUGCGGGGGUCCGCAUGAGGUCCCGGAGUGUCAUCUUUACCAUCACCUUAGAGUACAGCUACUUCAUGAUUACCACCGUGAUGUGCUUCUCUCCAUUCAUGUAUUUCUUAUCAAUGAACGUGGUGAGAGAAAAGAAGAGGCUCAAAGUGCUGAUGAAGACAAUGGGGCUGCAGGAUAUUGCCUUUUGGCUCUCCUGGAGUCUGCUGUAUGUUGCUUACGUGAUGGUCCUCUCCUGUCUGCUGACAGCUCUCGUGGUGCAUGAUAUGUUCUCCCUCAGCAGCUUCACUCUGGUGUUCCUGCUGUUUUUCCUGUAUGGUCAAGCAUGUAUCCACUUGGUUUUCAUGCUCUGCUCGCUCUUAAGGACCUCCAAGCUCGUCAGCUCUGUGGGGUUCCUCAUCACCUUUCUGUUCGGAUGCCUGAGCCUCGCGGUGCUGAUAGAGAAUCUCCCAGAACCCCUGAAGUGGUUUCUUGGUCUCUUCUGUCCUUUUGCAUUUAAUGCUGGCAUCGCAAAGGUUUUCCACUUGGAAAAGUAUGGACUGGGUCUCACUUUUUCUAACCUCAUGGAUGAAUCAUACUUUUUAUUCUCAACUUACAUUGUGCUUGUCUUUGACUCAGUCCUCUACCUCCUUUUAGCCUUGUACUUUGACAAAGUCCUGCCAGGCAAAUAUGGCAUUCCAGAAGCCCCUUUCUUCUGCCUGAAGCCUUCGUACUGGGUGCAGAGCAGGAGAGCUCCCACCGGGGGAAUGUCCAGAACAGCAGCAAGCUCAGAGGAUAACGUUGGUGACAACAUAGAGCCAGUGCCCCCUGAAUUCAUAGGGAAAGAGGCCAUCAGACUCAGCGAUAUUAGAAAAACAUAUAAAAAGAAGGACAAGAAGACAGAAGCUUUAAGAGGUUUGUCCUUAACUAUUUAUGAGGGUCAGAUCACUGCCUUACUUGGCCACAGUGGGGCUGGCAAGACAACCCUGUUAAAUGUGCUCAGUGGACACACUUUGCCUUCUGAAGGCUCUGCUACCAUAUACAACUGCAAACCCUCUGAGACAGGAGAGAGGGAAGAGAUUCAAGGGAUGAUUGGCAUUUGCCCACAGGUCAACACAUACUUUGAAGUCUUAACAGUGAAAGAAAACUUGAAAACCUUUGCAGUAAUCAAGGGCAUCCAGUCCAAAGAGGUAGAGAGAGAGGUACAAAACGUUUUGGAGCUGCUGGAUAUCAGUAACAUUCAAGACACUCAAGCUGAGAAACUGAGUGGUGGUCAAAAAAGGAAGCUCUCCAUUGGCAUAGCCAUGCUUGGAAGCCCCAAGGUUUUGCUCCUGGAUGAGCCAACAGCUGGGCUGGAUCCUCUUUCCAGGCACCGUGUGUGGAGCCUCCUCAAGGAGCACCGAGCUGGACGAGUGAUCCUCUUCAGUACCCAGUUCAUGGACGAGGCUGAUAUUCUUGCAGACCGCAAAGCUUUCAUCUCCCGUGGGAGGCUGAAGUGUAUUGGAUCUUCUCUGUUCUUGAAGAAAAAAUGGGGAAUUGGCUAUCAUUUAAGGAUCCAUGUCAGUGAGUCUUGUGACCUGCAGAAGGUGACCUCUCUGGUGAAGCAGUACAUUCCCAAUGUCAUAUUUUCAGGACACAGACAACACGAACUGAGAUACAAACUGCCAUUGGAAAACGUGAAUAAAUUCCCAGAUCUGUUCAGUGGCAUCGACAGCUUCUCUGACCAAGGAAUUCUCAAUUAUGGAGUUAGCAUGACAACCCUGGAGGAUGUCUUCCUGAGACUGGAGGAAGAAGCCCCAGUGGAUCAAGAAGAUGAUCGUGUCCUUGGGGAGGAGUGGGGAGAAGCAGGACCACGAUGCCCUGAUGAGACAGAGCUGGGUUCCCUGCUGCUCUCGGGCACUAGGAAGGCGACAGUCAGUGGCUUGGCUCUGUGGAGGCAGCAGGUCUCUGCCGUGGCCUGGGUGCACUUCUUAAACCUGAAGAGUUCAGUGAAGAACCUGCGGUCAAUUUUGCUGCUCUAUGUGGUUUUCCUGCUUCCUGUGAUUUUGCAACUGUCCCUGGUUGCUGCCUGGCAGAGUGUCAGCAGCUGGGAGCUCUCAUCCGCUCGGUACUUUGUGCCCCUGGGGAAGAAGGCUCACUCCAAGAUGACCACACUUCUAGUCCAAAACAACACAGGCACAGGCAUUGAAGACUUCAUCCACUUGCUGGAGAGCCAAGAUCUCACAGUAGAAAUAGAAAAUGAGGGAAACAUCACAGAGGACCUAACCCACAAUGGGGCUAUAAAAGUCUCUCGCAAAGGUCAGAGCUACAGGUUUACCGUGUUAUGCCACAUGGAGGCCAUCAACUGCUUCCCAGUGCUUGUGAAUGUCAUCAGCAACGCUCUGCUGAGAGCCCUCAAUUCCACCCAGCACAUUCGGAUCUGGAGUCAUCCAUUCUUCUCUCUAAAUUCUCCACGCUUCUGGGAUUAUUUUAUCCACUUUUACCUGGGUUAUAUGGUGGUGUUAUUCCCUGGGUUCCCUCCUCUCUUUGCAACAGGCUACAUGCAGGAUUGCAAAGUGGGAGCUCGAGCCCAGCUGCGGAUCUCAGGGCUCUUUCCCUCAGCAUACUGGACUGGCCAGGCACUGGUGGACAUCCCACUCUGCUGGAUCCUUCUCUUCUCCAUGUUUGGGCUUCAGUUUGCAAUGAGCAACAGGAUUUCUGGGAGCGCCAACAGCUUCUUCUCUCUGAUCACAUGUUCAUUAGGUUAUGGAAUUUCUAUUGUUCUCUUGACCUACCUGAUCUGCUUCGUCUUCCGCAAAGGACGCAGCUGUGAUUUUUGGUCUUUCGUGCUGAUAGUGGUUGGCUUUGUCUCUACUGUUGCUGGCAGAAUCAUGGAUUUCUUUGACUUAAGAGCUGCCAUCUACGCUUUGUCCCUCUUGAACCCCCUGUACCCCCUGGUCGAUGUAACACUCAGCUGCCACGAGAUUUUUGUAGAAGAAUCUUGGAAUCCAGGCAACAGUUUGCUGGUAGCUGUCCUUGCACCUUAUAUCCAUUCUGUGGCCUUCAUUUUGCUUCUUCGAUGUUUGGAGAUGAAAUAUGGAAGAUCAGUUCUGAGGCAGGACCCAGUAUUUAGGAUCUCCCCAAGAUGCAAAAUCAACCACCAGCACCCUGAGGAGCCUGAAGAGGAAGAUGAAGAUGUUAAAGCUGAAAGAGCAGCAGUGAGAUGUGCAAUAGCAGCUCCAGGGCAGGAGGAGAAAUCAGUCAUUAUUGUCAGCAAUCUGUGCAAGGAAUAUAAAACAAAGCAAGCUGGUUCUGUUUUGAAGAAGAAGAAGAAAAUGGCCACCAAAAAUGUUUCCUUCUGUGUUAAAAAAGGAGAAGUAUUAGGACUUCUGGGGCCCAAUGGAGCUGGUAAAAGCACAGCCACCAAAAUGAUUGUUGGAGAGACAAGCCUGACUGCUGGGCAGGUGCUGAUGAAGGAAGAAAAUGGAACAGCCUCCCACCGCCAGGACCACAAGCCUGCCUUCCUGGGCUACUGCCCACAGGAGGACCCUCUCUGGCCAGGCCUCACCGUGCAGGAGCACCUGCGACUCUACGCGGCCGUGAGAGGAGUGUGCAAGGAGGACACAGAUGCUGCUGUCAGACGAAUGGUGGAUGCUCUGCAGCUCCAAGAGUAUCUAAAUAAAAAAACUAGGAAAUUGUCUGCUGGGAUAUCCAGAAAGCUGUGCUUCGCAGUGUCCAUGCUGGGCAACCCCACGGUACUGCUCCUGGAUGAGCCAUCAACUGGCAUGGAUCCCAACGGCCAGCGCUGUGUCUGGAAGAUGAUCCGUGCUGCCCUGAGGAGCAAGGAGGCAGGAGCCAUCCUGACCACACACUACAUGGAGGAGGCAGAGGCCGUGUGCGACCGCGUGGCCAUCAUGGUGUCCGGGCAGCUACGAUGCAUCGGCUCUGUUCAGUAUUUGAAGAACAAGUUUGGCAAAGGCUAUCUACUGGAAAUUAAAGUCAAGGAUCCAGAGCACACUGAUCUUCUCCAUGCUGAGAUUCUGAGGAUUUUCCCAAGUGCAGCCCGUCAGGAGAGGUUCCCCUCUUUCCUAGUCUAUAAGGUCCCAAUGGAAGAUGCACUGCCCCUGUCUCAGUCUUUCUCCAAGCUAGAGGAAGCCAGACGAAACUUCAGCCUCGAGGAGUACAGCUUCUCUUUGAAUACUUUGGCUCAGGUGUUUUUGGAACUCUCCCGAGAGCAGGAAAAGGAUAAUUUUGAUCUGACUUUGGAUGGGGCUUUUGACUGGAAACAGCUUCAGCAGGAGGACUGCUGAAGAUCCAAGAUGCUCCUUUACCUAUACUCCAUAAUUAGCCAAACUGAUACAAUACUGCACAUACUCACUGCCACUAUCAACAUACCACAAAGAGGAGGAGAAGGCUCUGCCUUUUUAGC